AUGGCCGUCAUCAAUAUCAUCGUCGUCGCCACUCGUCUCUACUGGUUCGAACGCCGUCUCAGACAAGUUGGUACUGCCCGCCACCUCCCUGCCCAGGGUCAUCAACACGGCUCUCCUCCGGCCUCCGCAGUAGAGGCAACGUCUGAUCCCACUUGUGCUGCCAAUGAAGAGCCUCAACGUUCCGGAAACUCGGUCUUGUCUAGCUUUGCCCUGGAUUCCGCGCAGAUUGAUACGGAUCCGCAGGAGGACGACGCGGGCGGUCCUGCCUACAAACGGAGAUCUGUCUCAGAUUUGCCGCUGGGUGACGAAGAUGGCAUGCCUGACAAUCGCUCACAUAUCGCAUUCGCUCCGGUGCUCCACCAUCCCCGUAUGGACUCUACAACCCUCUACAUCCCGCCUCCAAAUCAACGUGACCAAGGACGUCCGUUCGAAGCACAGGGGGGGGCGGGCGAGACUGCUGAUGAGGAAGAUUGCAGGAGAUCGGCCACUGCCAUGACCAGUAAAAGUGAUAGAGAGUCUCGCUGGAACCGUCCUAACCGCCUUGACCUGGAGAAAGUCGCUUCGGUUGAGCGUGUUGCAUCGUCGCUGUUUGUCCUGGGCCAGACACAUAGUCACACCCGUGAGCGGAGCCACAUUCAUCGCACCGCGUCGAGGUCAGCACCGCUACGCACCAGUUCAUCAGACCUGCCACGUCUGUCUUCGCAAGUGACCGUUGGUAGGAACUCUCAGUUCCACGGGUUGUCUGUCGAGGAUCGAGAGCUGCUCGGUGGCAUCGAGUAUCGCAGCUUGAAACUGCUUCUUUGGAUUUGCAUUGGCUACUUUAUCGGCCUCCACGUUCUCGGAGUCAUCUGCCUUGUGCCUUGGAUUCUGCACGCCCCUUCCAAGUACACAGACUAUCUCGACGAGGAAGGCCAGAAUAUAGUUUGGUGGGCUUUCUAUUCCGCACAGACCAUGGCAAAUAAUCUCGGCUUCACCCUGACACCGGAUUCCAUGGUCCAGUUCCGCGAUGCCACCUUCCCCAUGCUCAUCAUGACUUUCUUGGCGUACGCCGGGUACAACUUUUACCCAAUCUUCCUACGCGUCGUUAUCUGGACGAUAUACAAGAUAGUUCCCAGGAAUUCAGCCCUUCGGGAGCCGCUCAACUUCCUCCUUCAGCACCCCCGCCGCUGCUGUAUGCUUCUAUUUCCCAGCCGUCCGACCUGGAUCCUCUUUGGCUUUUUGUUCGCUCUCAACUUUAUCGAUGCGCUCCUGCUCAUCGUUCUGGACCUGGAUAAUCCCUCUGUCACCGACUUACCACUGGCGCAACGCAUCCUGGCUGCUGUCUUCCAAGCCGCUUCAUCGCGUCACACGGGAACCUCCACUUUCAACCUGGCUGACCUCAAUCCGGCUGCCCAGUUUAGUCUGCUGGUCAUGAUGUACAUCUCUGUUUAUCCCAUUGCUCUGACUAUUCGUGCCUCCAACACGUACGAAGAGAGGUCGCUGGGGAAGUACGCUCCCGAGCAAGUCGACCCGGAUGAGGAACCGACUGGCGGCAAGUACGUCAUGGCCCAUAUACGGAACCAGCUUAGUUUUGACUUGUGGUAUGUGUUCCUUGGAAUCUUUCUCAUUUGCAUCGCCGAGUCCGAUAAGGUCAGAGACACUUCACAGCCGCUCCAUGAUGCAAGAGAUUUUGUUGACAAUACUGCCAACGGUAGGAAUUCGCCGUGUUUCCCAUCUUCUUCGAAGUUACAUCUGCAUAUGGCAACGUCGGGCUCAGUCUCGGCCAUCCAGCCGUCGAAACUUCUUUCUCGGGGCAGUUAUCUGUAUUCAGCAAGCUCGUUAUUUGUGCUAUGAUGAUUCGUGGUCGUCAUCGCGGCCUGCCCUACGAGGUAGACCGCGCCAUCCAACUGCCCAGCGAACGCCUCAUCGACGACCCUGGCGAGCCAUAUCCUUCCAGAAGACCUCUCUUGUCCCCCCCUGAAGACAGAAGUGCGGCGCAGCAGGCAGUAGAACAGCCAG